GGGUCCGCCAGCCAUCCACAUCCAAAUCAGGGCUUCUCACUGAUUUCAAAACCAGGAAAAUGGUAACAUGUUAAUUUAAGAUUUUAUUUGUUACACUGAAAUCGAAAAAUAUGAAUAUUUUUUUUGUAGACUUUUAUUGUGAAUAUGCAUUAUAUUAAUUUUAAUGAUUGGUAAAAUGUAUUUAACAGUUUUAGAAAAAACAAAUACAAAAAAAAAAUUGUUAAUACAAAAUAUAUUUGUUUUUGCAACAGAGCGUUGGAGAAUUUUUAUCCGAGCUUUGGAUAAAAAACAAAAAAACAGAUACAUUUUAAAAGCACAUUAGACUUUCUGUUAUUUGUGUUAAACCACGUAUUUAUUUAUGAUAUCGUGUUUUUUGUGAGAAUAACAUGCGCUUAGCUGAUGGCCGCGCGGCGAAUGCAAUGUCUAUGAGAUGGUCGAUUCGUGAAUGGCAGGUAAAUUAGGAUAUCAGAUGGUGGUCACAUGCUGGAUGGGGGUUAAUUAGAUGGUUACAUUUUUGAAACUGUAUUUUCCUAAAGUCUAACGUUCUGUCGUGCUGCAUCCACAGCUGCUCCAAGUACUAAUCGUUACUGCUGCUUUCAUAGCAACCAUGGAAACGGCUACUAUUGUCAAACGCGCGACAUGUAAGUGAAGAAGGAAGAGCAUACGGCUUGAUAUAUGUCAGGACAUGUGCAACAUGGCGGUAUUUUAUGUCUUGCUAUAUGUCAGGACAUAUACAGCGUGGCAGUAUUUUAUGUCUUGCUAUAUUAUGUCAGGACAUAUACAGCUUGACAGUGUUUUAUGUCUUACAAUAUGUCAGGACAUAUGCAACAUGGCGGUAUUUUAUGUCUUGCUAUAUGUCAGGACAUAUACAGCUUGACAGUGUUUUAUGUCUUACAAUAUGUCAGGACAUAUGCAACAUGGCGGUAUUUUAUGUCUUGCUAUAUGUCAGGACAUAUGCAACAUGGCGUAUUUUAUUUCUUGCUAUAUGUCAGGACAUAUACAGCGUUGCAGUGUUUUGUGUCUUGCUAUAUGUCAGGAUAUCUGCAACAUGGCAGUGUUUUAUCUCAAUAUUGUAGCACUUAUUGACGAGCUGUUUAACACUGUUUUUUUUUUCGAUACUUAGAGUGGAUAAGUACUAGAUAUCUCUAUUUGUAUUUUUGUCCAGUAUCUGCCUCUAUUUGUAUUUUUGUCCAGUACCUGUUGUAUCCCUUAAACUAUAUAAAGUAUUGCACCAUUGGUUGUAUUGUACCACUGUUAUUUAUAAUCACUGUUUCGAUUGAUAUCUUACCACUGUUAGACACUUCUUUGUUAAAUUAAACGCAAAGACUAAAUAGUUAACGGCUGUGGCAACCUAGUUAGAAAGACUUGUUUUUUGGCAAAGAUGAUGACGUCAAAAUCGGAGUAAAAAAAACAUUAAUAGCACUUAAACACACAAAAACGGCAAUAUAAAAUAGUUUACAAGAUAAGUCCACUGAGUAUCCUUCAUCAAGACAUGAGUGGCUUGAUGCAUUACUGUGCAUUCGAAUUCAACUUUGACAGAUCCGUUAUGAUACGCAGUGCUAUAUAUUAACUUCGCUUUUGUUCGUGGCUGGCUGGAGGGCAAAAUCUUCGGACGGCUAACUGAUCCACUUCCCGUUAAACCAUCGAGCUGAAAUAGUGCACAUAGACUUGUGGACUUGUUGCCGAUGACAAAACAUUCUGAUAUGUUCAGCCCCCUCCUCCCACCCCCCUCCCCAACUCCAACCCCUAAAAUUAAGUUUUUCAAAGGGAAGAUGAAGGAGAUAUGAAGACACUGAUGUUCGCGAAAUAAUAUUCCUGAUAACUACAUUAAAUUAGAUUCUUUAGAAACAAAAUAUCGCAAAUUCCAUGAAAAUAUUUAUAUCGUUCAGGGCGUGAAAAGAAAUGUGUGUUUGCGAGUCUUGGGGGGGGGUAGUGGGGGGGGGGGCUUGGGGGUUCUUAUAAGUGCUGGAUAUUAAAUUAUAAAAUAAAGGAUUUAUAUUAAAAACUUUGUUUAAAUAUAUUUCUGUAAAAAAAAGUACCCCCACCCCAUAAAAAACAAAAAACAAUCAAAACAAAAACAUUCCUGCUCUACAUGUAUGAAAGCUCGAAGCUCUAAAUAAAGGCUUAUUAUUAAUACACAUUUUUAUAGCGUAGCAUCAUAAAGGCAUUUGAAAAUAUUUAUUUAUUUCAACGUUAUUCACCACACUUUACUGUUGUAUAAUUCCAGCUCUUGGGACAAAGGGAUCUUGACCAAACUGUUUUCAGGAGCCAUCUUUGGGUCGGGUCGAUUGAACGUGUCCAAUUUUGUCACGUACUUACUUACAUUUUGAGCUUACAUAUACUUACUUUCUUACUUACUCACGCCUUUUACCCAGUCUGGGGCAUAGGAAGUCCACAAGAAUUUUCCAUUCAUCACGGUCCUGUCAUUUCCUAUGUAGCUUCUUCCAGGUGUGUCCUGUGCUUCGUAUGUCUGCCUCCAGCUCGCGUCUUCGUUUAUUCUAAGCCCCCCCCCCUCCCUUUCUUUUGCCCUAUGGAUUCCAUGUUAGGGUUCACCAGGCUCCGAAUUCUGUUGCGAUCCUUAAUUUUAUCUUCUUGUUAUAAAUUAUCCGAUUAAAUUCAAAUAAAAAUACACACAUACAUAUAUACUUGCAUACAUGCAUACAUGGAAACAAAGAAACAAAACAAAAAACCAGUCCCACUGAGGAUUACCUUAUAGUAAAUCGUGAGUUCAAAUUAAUUGGUAUGGUGUCUUGUUUCAAAAGCUUGCAAUGUGAACGGUGGCACCUACCCAGAUGGACAGCCGUUUAAAAUUCCGGGCUUCCCACCAUGCAUCGAAUACUUUUGUAGCAGCGGACAGUUCUCUCUUUACAAAGAAGGUACGUCAAAGAUGAGGUGGAGAUGGGUCAAUGAUGAGGUGGGUAAAGGUCAAAGAUGAGGUGGAGAUGGGUCAAAGAUGAGGCGGAGAGGGGUCAAAUAUGAGGCGGAGAUGGAAUAAAUGUCAGUAUAUCAAGCGAUAAAUAUAUAUUGGACCAGCGAAUCAUCGGAUAGAUGCCAGUAAAUCACGGGAUAGAUGCCAGUAAAUGAUGGGAUAGAUCCCAGUAAAUGAUGGGAUAGAUCCCAGUAAAUCAUGAAAUAUAUGCCAGUAAAUGAUGGGAUAGAUCCCAGUAAAUCAUAAAAUAGAUGACAGUAAAUCAUGGGAUAGAUCCCAGUAAAUCAUGAAAUAUAUGCCAGUAAAUCAUGGGAUAGAUUCCAGUAAAUCAUAAAAUAGUUGCCAGUAAAUCAUAAAAUAGAUGCCAGUAAAGCAUGGGAUAGAUUACAGUUAAUCAUAAAAUAGAUCCCAGUAAAUCAUGGGAUAGAUCCCAAUAAAUCAUGGGAUAGAUCCCAAUAAAUCAUAAAAUAGAUCCCAGUAAAUCAUGGGAUAAAUCCAAGUAAAUCAUGGGAUAGAUCCCAGUAAAUGAUGGGAUAGAUCCCAGUAAAUCAUGGGAUAGAUCCCAGUAAAUCAUGGGAUAGAUCCCAAUAAAUCAUGGGAUAGAUCCCAGUAAAUCAUAGGAUAGAUUACAGAUAGAAUAAAGAACUUGAAACGUAAUAUAGAUACAUUUAGAAAGGGUUCUAUGAAAUAUGAAACAAUUUUUCUUCUAAUUUUUGUGAACAAUGAUUGUGUGCCACAAUGUGUUGUCUGCAUUCACCAGGCUGUUCAACUGUGAAGGAUAGCAAUGCCGUGUUUCAUAAUUAUAUUUUCUUUACUCACCAGGCUGUUCAACAGUGGACAAUGGCAACACUGUGUGUCAUGACGUCAACUCUACUUGGGAAAAGGCGUGCACAACCUGGAGCUGCACCAAGUCCGUCAAAAAUGGUGUGACCACUUACUCCACGUCAGCCUCAGCUACAAGUAGGUCAAUGCUCUUGAUAACGCGUGAGGGAGGGGGGGAGAGCCCGAAUGGGGACGCUAAAGCUAUUCUAAAGAUGAGGCCAAGCCGUUAUGAUGGCGAGGCUAUGCCAUUAUGAAGGUGAGGCUAUGCCAUAAUGAAGAUGAGACUAUUUCAUUAUGGUGGUGAGGCUAUGCCAUUAGGAUGGGGAGGCUAUGCCAUUCUGAUGGUUAGGCUAUGCCAUUAGGAUGGGGAUGCUUUGCCAUUCUGAUGGUUAGGCUAUGCCAUUAGGUUGGGUAGGCUAUGCCAUUAAGAUGGUUAGACUAUGCCAUUAGGAUGGGUAGGCUAUGCCAUUAAGAUGGUUAGACUAUGCCAUUAGGUUGGGAGGCUAUGGCAUUAGGAUGGGGAGGCUAUGCCAUUAGGAUGGGGAGGCUAUGCCAUUAGGAUGGGGAGGCUAUGCCAUUAGGAUGGGGAGGCUAUGCCAUUAGGAUGGGGAGGCUAUGCCAUUAGGAUGGGGAGGCUAUGCCAUUCUGAUGGUUAGGCUAUGCCAUUAGGAUGGGGAGGCUAUGCCAUUCUGAUGGUUAGGCUAUGCCAUUAGGAUGGGGAGGCUAUGCCAUUCUGAUGGUUAGGCUAUGCCAUUAGGAUGGGGAGGCUAUGCCAUUAGGAUGGGGAGGCUAUGCCAUUAGGAUGGGGAGGCUAUGUCAAGGCUGAUUGCGAGUUUUUUGGGUCAGCCUGAUAGUUAGACUGGACUAGCGGUAUAGUGAAACUUGUCAAUGCUGGUGAUGAGGCCUGGUCGGCCUGAUAGUUAGACUGGACUAGCGGUAUAGUGAAACUUGUAAAUGCUGGUGAUGAGGCCUGGCUGCCCUGAUAGUUAGACUGGACUAGCGGUAUAGUGAAACUUGUAAAUGCUGGUGAUGAGGCCUGGUCAGCCUGAUAGUUAGACUGGACUAGCGGUAUAGUGAAUCUUCUCAAUGCUGGUGAUGAGGCCCGGUCGGCCUAUGGGUGAGUGUGGGCAACUCUGUGAUUGAGGGCCUGGCCAGCCUAUGGGUGAAACAGUAUUUAGGCUCAAACCAAACAAGAGAAUAGAAGAAAUAUAGUUCAAUAAUUAUUUGUAUCAUUAGUAGAAUCAGACUAGCGUGGCGUAAUGACUUUAUCGACAGGAGAGCAAACAAAGGGCAACCAUCGUGAAAUAAGCACAUGUUGUCAACGCAGUAGAUAGAUUUGCUAUUUAUUGAAGCCGAUGAGUUUAGUAUUGUAUUUAAGAUACCCUAAUGAGAGAGAAGACCUAGGAAACCCCAAUAAGAGGAGAAGAGGUAAGAAACUCUAAUAAGAUAUAAGAGGUAGGAAACCUUAAGAAGAGAGAAGAGGUAACACAGGCGGUCGCUGUCGAUGGAUGUCUCUCCGGCAGUGCUGACUUGGUGUACGGAGUGCCACAGGGGUCCGCUUUGAGCCCGGUUCUAUUCACAAUGUAUGCCAGGCCACUGCUCCUCUUGCUUGGGAUGCAUACUGUGGAGAGCCAGUCAUUCGCAGAUGACAAUCAGCUAUACAAGCAUACCCAUUCCUCUCUUGUCGAUUCUGCUGUCCGGACUUUGCGAGAGAGCAUUGAUGAUGUCAAGACAUGGAUGACACUCAGCAAGUUGAAGCUUAAUGAUGACAAAACGGAAGCACUCCUCAUCCACAAUCACACAUGAUCCUCUACCUAAUCUCUUCAUACUUCAUUUCAAGUAGGUAACUCUUACGUACGGUUUACACACUCUGCUAGGAAUCUUGGUUAUAUUCUUUCUAACAACAUGUCUCUCGAUAAACACAUAUCUCACAUUUGUCGUUCAGCAUACACCACUAUCCGUCAGAUCAGCUCCACACGCCACUACCUCACAGUUAGCGCUACAAAAACUCUAGUCUGUGCUCUUGUUCUCUCUCGUCUUGACUAUUGCAACUCUCUUCUAUCAGGUUCCCCAAAACAUUUCUUAGAAAAAUUACAAGAGGUUCAAAACUCAGCUUCUAUGCUAAUUCUAAAGGCAAAAAACGUGAUCACGUUACACCACCACUUCACUCACUUCAUGGCUCCCUAUACAAGCACGCAUUGACUAUAAACUCUCUGUUCUCUGCCACAACUUUUUCUCGAAUUCCUCCGCUUCCUGUCUAAUCGAACUUCUCUCUGUCUAUUCACCCCUUGGACAGCUUCGCUCCUCCGCAGAUGCGCGUAUUCUUUCUGUUCCCAUGACUCGCACAAAAACAUACUGUGAACGAUCUUUCUCUUUCUGUACCCCCAAACAAUGGAAUUCUCUUCCAUUACACAUGCGCAAUAUACCGACCAUCCCAGCUUUCAAAACUGCACUUUAACACAUCUCUUUAAACUCUACUAUCCUAACUGAUUCCCCCCUCUGACCGAUAAACAAUGCUGCUGGGUAGCCGUCCAUGGCUUGACAUGUAAAUAGAACUUGAAUGUGUGGAGUAAAUAUAUAUGUGUUUUGUUUUAUUUAAUUAAUGUAUGUUAAUUUUUAAGUUAAUUAUUAAGUUUGUUAAAGUGUAUGUACAGCGUGGUGAGCCCAGCCCUGGGCUGGGGUAGCACUCUAUAUAAAACAACAGCUAAUAAUAAUAAUUAUUAUGAGAGAGAAGAGCUGGGAUACCCUAAUAAGAAAGAAGAGGUAGGUUUUAAUUGAAUAAGAUGAAUAUCUCAAGAAAUAUGUCAAUGUUAUGGUGAACCUUUGACGUCUGUCCUGUAAUGAAUAUUCUAUAACAUAUGAAAACGUUAUAUUUAUCCUGUGCUAAAUUUCCAUGCUAUGAUUCUCCCAAGUGACGUGUGUUCUCGUCAUGACUUUUCUUUGCUGCUCGGCAUCCACUGAUGUCAAUGUUACGAAUCUCCCAAGUGACACGUGAUAAUGUCAUGACUUUUCUUUCUUGUCCAGAAUGCGCUGAUGCCGACGGUGUCUGCCGUUACCCUGGUGAAACGUUCUCAUACGUCAUCGAUAGCAAGGUAUACACCAACUGCACAUGCGCCAUCACACCAGACAAUAUUACGCGCUACUCGUGUCAAGCACCCUCAAGCAAAAAGUAGGAGAACCGCUGGUUUCUGACAACCGAUGGGGGUCAAGAGGGCUGCGAUCUGAACGCUUAUGGGCGGUGUCCUAAUGAACAAUAGAGUCAGGGGCAGAGUCAGGUGCAGAGUCAGGGGCAGAUUUAGGGGCAGAGUCAGGGGUUGAGUCAGAAAUAAAGUGUCAGUUAAUAGCGAUGGUUUUUGUUUAUAUUUCAUACGGGUGUGUGCGUUUGAGUGUGUGUGUGUGUGGAUGGGUGGAUGGAUGUGUGUGUAAAAUGUGUGUAUUGAUGUGUGUGUUGGUGGAAAUAAUAGUUUUU